AUGAAGUCUGAUGUACAGGAGAAUGCAGCCCAGAGUGAAGUGAUCUUGAUCCUGACCAAGUACUACCAUGCAGACAUGGGGAAGGUUCUGGAAAGUUCUCUGUGGCGGUCGUCGGACUUCGGGACGUCGUACAGCAAGCUCACGCUGCAGCCCGGGGUGGCCACCGUCAUCGACAACUUCUACAUCUGCCCCAGCAACAAGAGGAAGAUUAUCCUGGUGAGCUCCUCCCUCAGCGCCCGGGAGCAGAGCCUCUUUCUCAGCACCGACGAGGGUGCCAGCUUCCAGAGGCAGCCCAUCCCCUUCCUGGUGGAGACCCUGCUCUUCCACCCCAAGCAGGAGGACAAGGUCCUCGCCUACACCAAGGAGGGCAAGCUCUACGUGUCGGCUGACCUGGGGAAGCAGUGGGCGCUGUUGCAGGAGCGCGUGACCAAAGACCGCGUGUUCUGGGCUGUGUCUGGCGUGGACAGUGACCCCGACCUGGUGCACAUGGAAGCGCAGGACCCCAGUGGAGGAGUCCGGUACAUCGCCUGCUCGAUCCACAACUGCUCCUGGGGGGCGCUGGCUGCCCCGCCCGCGGGGCCCCUGGACCCGGGCUCCCUGACCGUGCAGGACGAGUACAUCUUCUUCAAGGCCACGGCCACCAACCGGACCAACUACUACGUGUCCUACCGCCGCGGGCCCUUCGUCCUGAUGAAGCUGCCCAAGUACGCGCUGCCCAAGGACCUGCAGAUCAUCAGCACGGACGAGAACCAGGUGUUCGUGGCGGUGCAGGAGUGGAACCAGGCCGACACUACAACCUGUACCAGUCGGACCCGCGCGGCGUGCACUACUCCCUGGUGCUGGAGCGCUGUGCGCAGCUCGCGGCAGGCCGAGGAGAGCGUGGUCAUCGACGUCCUGGAGGUCCGAGGCGUGAAAGGCGUCUUCCUGGCGAAUCAGAAGGUCGACGGCAAGGUGACCACGCUCAUCACCUACAACAAGGGCCGCGACUGGGACUACCUGCGGCCGCCCAGCGCCGACAUGAACGGGAAGCCCACCAACUGCCAGCCGCCCGAGUGCCGCCUGCACCUGCACCUGCGCUGGGCAGACAACCCCUAUGUGUCCGGCACCGUGCACACCAAGGACACCGCCCCCGGCCUCAUCAUGGGCGCAGGUAACCUGGGCUCGCAGCUCGUGGAGUACAAGGAGGAAAUGUACAUCACGUCAGACUGUGGGCGCACCUGGCGGCAGGUGUUCGAGGAGGAGCACCACGUCCUCUACCUGGACCACGGCGGCGUGAUCGCGGCCAUCAAGGACACCUCCAUCCCUCUCAAGAUCCUCAAGUUCAGCGUGGAUGAGGGCCUCACCUGGAGCACACACAACUUCACCAGCACCUCGGUGUUCGUGGACGGGCUGCCUGAGCGAGCCGGGGGACGAGACGCUGGUCAUGACGGUCUUCGGCCACAUCAGCUUCCGCUCCGACUGGGAGCUGGUCAAGGUGGACUUCCGGCCCUCCUUCCCCAGGCCCUGUGCCGACGAGGACUACAGCGCCUGGAGCCUCACCAACCUGCAGUCCUCCGAGGGCUCCCCGGGCCGGCCGUGGUCCACACGGCCCUAGAGGCUGAGCCCCCAUCCCUGCCCCAGGCCCAGGGCCCCCCCACACCUGGGGCCGUGUACCCCGCGACCCUCGGGCCCAGCCGGCCUGCCCAGCAGGUGCACGACGGGGGCCGUGGGAGAAUGGUCUCCGGCCACCUACAGAUCCUGGGAGCAGCUCCCUGGGAGGGGAAAAAAGACCCACCGCUCCCCGUGACCGAAUUCCAGUGUUCAAAGGCCAAGAUCGGCACGUCAGAGAAGAUGGCUCUGCCAGGUACCAGCAACUCACGCCGAUGA